AUACUCACUCCAAAAUUUUUUGUGACAAAUACAAGAAAAGUUGUAAAACCGUUCCCUUUUCGCUUGAUGGAGAGAAUGUUUUCAUGCUGCAACCUAAUAAGAAAGAUCUCACCACAAGAAGGAACGUCAUUGAGAAUCAAAAUUGGAUUUGUGACUGGAUGUGGAAAUGUAAAGUAUCCUGUGAGAAGGAUACGGCUUUUGGAGAUUUACCGCCAUAUAUAUGCAUGAAAGGUUUCUUUAUGGGAAACAAAUACUUGAGACUUGAAAGUUACAAAUCGACUUGAGAUUGGGUGUAGGUACAUCGUUCCCUAAGGUGACGUGAGGACUCCUCCCAACACGAACUCUACUUGAACACUAGAUAUGCCAUACCUGAGGAAAUGAAUUUCACAAGGCCAAGGCUAAUUAGCUGUUAGUGCUCAGAGCUUUCUUGUUCUUCCUGUGCUUUUGUUUCUUCAGAGAGAGAGAGAGAGAAGAUGCAGAGGUACACAGUUGGUGCGAACUUAAAUGGUGGGCUUUCUGAAAGACCCAUCUUUGAAGGGACUGAAUCUACCUCAUUUCCACCAAGAUCCCAUCUCAGAGACAUAGAUGACGCAGAGAUCAGCAUCUUUAAUAAGGGUGGAGAUCAGGAAGAGAAGAAGAAAACUUCUACUGUGACUCUAAAUCUAGAUAGAAUCACUGACAGGUGUGAUGUCUCUAUGGUUUCAAGGCUACCUUUUGUCUCAUCAGAUCAUGAGACCCCAACAGCUUCAUCUGAAGCUAGCAGGAACAACCAGUCUAGUGUGUUGUCAAUUCCACCAGGUUCAGUUUCAGUAUCUACAAAAGAUCUUCCUUUAGAUGAGAAGAGAAGAGGGUCUUCUAUCAAAUGGCUUUUUGGAGCAAGAUGUCCCUGCUCUGGUAAGAAAUCUGUUCAAGUGGAGGAGAAAUUAUCAAAUCCGAAGAGCCCAUUUCAUUCAAAUUGUGAUUCUAACAGUUCUUUGAAUCCCAAGAAACAGAGCUAUAGAGCAGAGGAAGGUGCUCUUAAUAGAGGAGUACCUAAGGAGAAAGCAGCAAAGUUAAUUGAAAAGAAUAUGAUGAUUGAUGAAAGGAGAGAAUUGAAAUCAGUGACUGGGAACCAUUUAUCAUCGGAUUCCAGCCUAGUUUUGCAGGAAAACCAUUCAUCAUCAUCCGAGUGUGGCGGUCCCGAAGUAGUCUCCCAGGGAAGGGCAAUUACUGACGGUGGUUCCUUCUCCUUUCCUAUACUAAAUCCUCCACCUAGAGAGUCACUAGAGAUCUUCAAGCCAACGGACGAAUUAGUUGAAAGGAAGUCGACAGAGCUCCAGCGGCGUAUAUUGAUGUCAUUUACCGGCGAAAUCGAUCAACAAAGCUUCACUUUCCCAGCAAGUCCAAGUCCAAAAACUAGAGCUGCAACUGCAACAGAUGAUGAUGUAGCAAGUGACACAAGCUCAGACCUGUUUGAAAUCGAAAGCUUCUCAACUCAGACAACAAUGUAUCCACUGAACCGCCGGAAAGAUUCCUUUGAUAAGUUUCUGUCAAGCAAUGAUGGAAGGGGAAUUCUUGGGAAUGAUAAUGGAAAGUUACAAUUCCGGCGGGGACGGAGCCUUGAUGGGACUAUGAAUGCCUCUUCAAUUACACCAACAGAAUGUUAUGAGCUCAGUAAGGUUAGCAUUGAUUGGAAUGUUGCAACUGCAGAGGGAUUCGACCGAGGAAGUGACACAGACUUUUCGACGACGAUGGUGGCAGCAUCUGAGUAUGAGAAUGUCAGGUUCAUCAUACAGAAAGAAUCUGAGAAGGAUGGUAAUGGUGGUGGUGCUGUUACUAACAUUAGAAGGAAGGUAAAUGGUUUGUUGAAUUGCAGAUGUGAGAAGGCAGUUAGUACUGUAGGCCCUCAUCCUCCAGUGAAACCAGGGCCUGAUCAUCAAUGUCACUGUGCCAGUGCCUUUGGUACACAAUAACCAGGUGGUUUUUGUUCUUGGCUUUGAGUGAUUUAGAAAGAAUUGUUCAACAAUUCUUGCUUGCUUGUUUGAGUUAUGAUUUUAUAGCACGGCAGCCUCACAUAAUCAUUCUCUCAAUCCCCUCCUAGUUAGUGACUUAAAACAAUUUUUACCUUUUAAAUUUCGAAUUCCUAUCAGGUUCACGUAUGAGAUUUUAUUCUCAUACGCCUCUGGUAUAGGGAUUUGGAACCCACUUUCUCUCUCUCUGUAUUUAUUGGAUUCAAAAUCGCCGGAUUAAGGUACGAGAAUCUAAUUCAAUCUCUUAUAUUUCUAA